AUGGAAAAUAUACCAAAUUCACCAAAAACAAAUUUGAGCUAUCAACUCUUCUUGUAUCGUGAAGAACUACGUAAACGUAAUUCACAAUAUUUGAGACUCUCCAAGAAGAAAUUUGAAAUAACUGAUGAACUUAUUACGCAGAAGGUUAGUAAUCUAAACGAAUGCACUCCAGAGGAUAUAAAGACCAUAAACCAAGAGUUGGAAUUUAAACGUAAGCUGAAGUUGGAAAUAUAUCGUACGCGCAAACUUAUGAAUUUGGGUAUGAAAAAUGUUGGCCCGAAUACACCAAGCACCGAACUUUAAGGAGCCGGAAGGAUGGAAGGAUUGGAUAUAUAUACUAUAUACAGUAUAUACUUUUACUGGAAAUUCAACGUAAUAUUAGCUGAAAAAAGGAUCCUAAUAACCAACAACGUACUGUGAGAGAGACCAAAAAGAAAAUUGUGAAAAUGAUGAA